AUGUCUAAUCAAUCUCAGCGAGCUAAGAAUGCUUCGGUCCAGAUAAAUAACGCAUUAAGGGCGUUAGAGGAAAAACAACCACCUAAUAAAAGAGACUUUAGUGUCUAUAUUACUGAAGAAGGAGAGGAAUUAUCUACGAAAGAAAGAGCGGUAAAAACGGUAGAGCCUCCAGCCAGCUUUAAGCCAACAGACCAACAAUUAUUUUUGCCUAAUGGAUUACCGAAUUGUGAGUUUUUGAAAAAUCAUUUUAUACAUGAAGGGAGAUUACACGAAGAACAGGCCAUCAGGAUUUUACGUGACGCCAGUGAUCUCUUGGCCAGCGAACCCAACCUCUUAGACGUUCCAGCACCUGUGACCGUAUGCGGGGAUGUUCAUGGCCAAUAUUACGACUUAAUGAAAUUAUUCGAAGUUGGAGGUAAUCCGGCAAAUACAGCGUAUUUGUUCUUGGGGGACUAUGUUGACAGGGGAUCAUUUUCAAUAGAGUGUUUACUUUACUUAUAUUCGUUGAAAUUGAACUACCCAGACACCUUCUGGAUGUUAAGAGGUAAUCACGAGUGUAAACAUUUGACAGAGUAUUUCACGUUCAAAUCAGAAUGUUUGCACAAAUACUCGUCUACGUUGUAUGAAGAGUGCCUAAAAUCCUUCAACGCAUUGCCAUUGGCAGCAAUUAUGAAUAAGCAGUUUUUUUGUGUUCAUGGGGGUUUAUCUCCUGAAUUAAGGACAUUGGAUGAUUUGAUCAGAAUUGAUAGAUUUAAAGAACCACCAACUAAAGGAUUAGUGUGUGAUUUACUAUGGGCCGAUCCUGUUGAAGAAUAUGAUGAAGAUAACAUUGACCAAACUUUCUUAAAAAAUACCGUGAGAGGAUGCUCGUAUGCAUUUACUUAUAAAGCAGCAUGCCAGUUUUUGGAAAGAACCGGAUUGUUAUCGAUUAUUAGAGCGCACGAAGCACAAGAUGCGGGUUAUAGGAUGUAUAAAAGAACUAAAACUAUGGGAUUUCCUUCAUUGUUAACUAUGUUUAGUGCACCAAACUAUUUGGAUACUUACAACAACAAGGCUGCAGUGUUGAAAUAUGAAAAUAAUGUGAUGAAUAUUCGUCAGUUCAACGCAUCUCCCCAUCCAUACUGGUUACCACAUUUUAUGGACGUAUUCACUUGGUCUUUGCCAUUUGUUGGUGAAAAAGUGACGGAUAUGUUAGUUUCAAUUUUGAAUAUCUGUACUGAAGAAGAAUUAGAAGAAGAGACUGUUGUCAAUGAAGGCUAUAAUAACGCAUAUGACCAUACCGCUAUUUCAGCUGUUGCGUCCUCGCCAACUUCAGAACCUCCAAAUGAGACAGAUCCUGAUUCAUUUGAAGCCAAGAGACAAACGUUGCGUAAUAAGGUCAUUGCUAUCGGUAGAGUGUCUAGAAUGUACCAAGUUUUGAGACAAGAAUCGGAAAGCGUGGCCCAUCUUAAACAAUUGAAUAGCGGUACCUUGCCGAAGGGUUCAUUAUUACAUGGAAGUGAAGGUUUGAAAAGAACUUUAUCCUCGUUUGAAGAGGCCAGAAGAGCAGAUUUAGUGAAUGAAGCAUUACCACCAUCAAGGGAAGAGGUUAGUAGAAGGGAACAAGAAAAGAGUGAAAAAAUUAAGAAGGAUAUUGAAAAUACCCAAAAUAGUGGUCCAGUUUUCCAAAGAUUGAUCAGAAAGUUAUCCCAAGGUUAA